AGGUAAUUUGUACCAGUGGGCUUAUCAGUGGGCUUAUUUGUACCAGAUAAACAAGCACUAUUUGGAGUUCUAACACCCAAAUAGUGCUGAUUUGGUGAUGCAAUGGGAUGCGGUUAUGGGUGGCAAACACGCCACUGGCAGUCGAGCUCAGUCCUCGGCACAGCCCUCGCCACAAUAUGUGCCUCCUCGAGUAAGGAGACGUAGGGGGGACAGUAGUGACAUCAAGGGGAAAGGGGUGGCUUCCAGCUCUGUUAUUGACCCUCCACAUCACUUCCUUUCAUCAGACGAUGAAGACAGCCCUAUUCCAAGAAAUCCUAGCAAGCGUCCAAUUUCCAGUGGUGCUUAUAGCUCUGAGAAGGAUGGAUCUAGAGGUGCGAAGUCUCGACAGUCGGGCUCUGAAAACUACCAAGAAGCGCUUAGCAAUUUCAACAGAUUUUCUUGUAUUGCGGCAAAUGAAAAAGAGUCCAGAGAGAAAUAUUCCAUAGCUGCUGCCAAAAAAGCUGUCGAGAGCUUGGGUUUGGAGAAGCGGCUGCAUAUGUUCUUGUUGAAGGAGUUGCUGGAUGAAGAGUUUAGAGCUCUGUUUCUUAGCUUCAGUAGGGAUGAGCAGUUAACCUGGAUUGAGAUGUUCAUCAUCCCGAAGAUGGAGGGGAAGUGAAGUUUCGGUGUUUAUUGGCUAUCCGUAGUUCUUGUUUACUAUUUGUUGAAUGACUUUUAUAAAUUUUCGUUAUCGGCUAGUAAGUUCUUGUUUAAUGCUAUGGCCAUUCAUGGUUGUCAAAGACCAGAUUUUGCUUAGGUUUGCUAUGACCCAAAAUGCUUGGCUUAGUAUUUCGAUAAGUGC